AUGUCAAACAGCAUCACCGUGAGCAUGGACGACACCUUGAGAGUUGUGUGCCCUGCUGCUGGAGUCGAAAAAAGAUAUCUGAAGAUUCACAAGGUCAGCGCCUUAUCAUACGAAUCUUGUCUUCUGGAGACACAAAGGACUCUGAUAGCUACUUGUGAUGGCAGCGAAGCAUCUCAGAAACCUACCAUCAUAGGAGUACGGCGUUUCAGCCCGCUUCCAUCGUCUAAAUCUAUACUAUUUGAGCCAGGCGAAACCUACUAUUGGAUCGCAACUUCAAGUGGAGAGAAGGAUGGAAUCAACCAAGCCCACCGUGGUAUGUGUGCUGCAGACAAUAUGCGCCUUGUCAUUCACGUCAGGGCGCAGUCAGAUCCGUCCAGCACAGAAUUUCGAACUACCACUGCGAGGAGUACUCGACAAGAAUUGGCAUUGUUACCAUCGGAAACUCCUGUUAACCCUAAAUUUUCUGCCAUAGCGCAUUCGCUAUCCUCAUAUCCACAACGGCGUGAACCAAAAGUUCCAGACGGUGUUACGCCUGAACAACUGCAGAAGGUGGCGGCGCUCGCUCAAAAAGGCGCAACUGGGACGUUCACUUUUGAUACACCAAUGGCACAAGAUCGCGAGAAAGAUGCUGCUUCUCGGGCGGAAAGCAUUUUGUGGGACACCGUUCCGCUUUUGGAAAACGUCCUAAGUGGGGCCUCUGACAAUUUGUUAUUGGGCUCCAAUCGAAUUGGCGAUGAGGAAGGAGGCGUUCAUCGUUCACGAGGAUAUAGGUGA